AUGGACUGUACAAUUGAAAUUGAAACACCGCACACACCGCACAACACCACCACACCGCACAAUAUCGAAACACCACCCAACAUCGGAAUACUGCACACACCUCCAACUAAAUCAGGAUCACGUAGAGGAAGAAGUGAUAUUGGGAAGCAAGAAAGGAAUAUCAUCUGGAAUGUCUACAGAUUCUUCCAAAAGAUAGCCGAAAACCCCGAUAGACUUGAAUUGAUCAAUUUUCGAAAAGUUCAAGAGGUUACAGCUGAAGCAUGUGGAGUUGGUGUUACAACUGUAAAGCGAAUACGGAGACGUGUAGAUGACUCGGAUGAGGAAGUGAAAUUUGAUACGCCUCGAAAAAAAUACUCCAGAGAUGCAAAAGUGGUCAACAUGGACAGUUUUGAUAAGGACAUGGUGCGCCGAUGUGUAUUUCAAUUCUAUGAUAAUGGAGAGUAUCCUACGUCUGAAAGAAUCAGAACUGUUUUGAAAGAGAAGAUUAAUUUCAGUGGGAGUGUUGAAUCCGUCAGAAAAAUCAUAAAGAGUUUGGGUUUCAGAUUUAGGAAGUGUAAUGAUGGUCGACAAUUGUUAAUGGAGAGGAGAGACAUUGCGUGUGCACGAGCAGUUUUUCUCAGAAAAAUGCACGAGAUAAGAAGAGAAAUUAAUCCCCGACCAAUAUUCUACAUUGACGAAACGUGGGUCAAUCAAAAUCAUAGCCGAUCGAUGAUAUGGCAACACGAAGACGGAAGUGGUGGAUUGAAAGUUCCAGUUGGAAAAGGAGGCCGAUUGAUCAUUCUUCAUGCUGGAUCAGCUCAAACGGGGUUUAUUCCUGAGUGCAAACUAAUUUUUAAAGCAAAGAAGUCCACUUCGUUAGAUUAUCACACCGAAAUGAACGCUGACAUUUUUACAGAUUGGUUCCGGAACUUUCUCAAUCUCCUUGAAGAGAGUUCAGUGAUUGUGAUGGACAAUGCAAGUUAUCACUCUGCGCUGACAGAAAAAAUCCCUCGCACCAACUGGAAAAAGGUGGAUAUCCAGAAUUGGCUAGAAUCGAAGAAUGUUUCUUUCUCUGAAAAUGAGACAAAGGCCGAAUUAUUGUCGAGAAAUGAAAUAAAAUACGCCGUGAAGGAGUAUGAAAUUGAUAGGAUCGCACUGGAAAUGGGCCAUGAAGUGGUUCGUAUGCCACCCUAUCAUGCUCACUACAACCCGAUUGAGCUUGUGUGGGCACAAGUGAAAAAUUAUGUAGCCACAAAAAAUAAAACAUUCCGAUUGGCAGAUGUUGAGAAACUUAUGCACGAGGCUAUUGAGAGGGUGACUGUGGAAGAUUGGAGGAAAUGUGUAAAGCAUGUAGAAGAAAUUCAAGAAGAUGAUUUGAAAAAAGAGUGCCCUCGUGAUUUGGCAAUGGAAUCACUUGUUAUUACAAUAACAGGAGACAGUUCAUCUGGUGAUUCCGAAUUUGAAAGUGAUUAA